CAAGUCUCAGCAAGGGCACAUCUUCCAAGGAGACAAGAGACAGAUUUCAAGUUUGAAAAAUUCUUCACGGAGCGAUUCUUUUAUUUUGUCCCUGUUGGCCGACGGACAGGUCCAGUAAUGAGAUCCUGCGCUUUACUUGUGUGUCUGGUUUGGGGGGUUAGCAUCCAGGGUGGAUGGAGCCUUCCACUGAAGUCAGUCCAUGUCACAUUUCCAGGAGACAUCAUCAAAAACAUGACUGAUAUGCAGUUGGCUGAAAGUUACCUGAAUAAGUUUGGAUACAUGAACACCUUGCGACGCAGCGGCUUCCAAUCACUGGUGUCCACCUCCAAUGCUCUGAAGAAGAUGCAGAAGCAGAUGGGUUUGAAGGAGACUGGUCAGCUGGAUUCUGCAACUUUGGAGGUCAUGAAGCGGCCUCGCUGUGGCCUGCCUGAUGUGGCCAAUUACAAAACGUUCGACGGAGACCUUAAAUGGGAUCAUAAUGAUGUCACAUACAGGAUUGUCAACUACUCUCCAGACUUGGACAUCUCUCUGACUGACGACGCUUUUGCCAGAGCGUUCAAGGUGUGGAGUGACGUGACUCCUUUGACAUUUACCCGCCUUUUUGAAGGAACAGCCGACAUCAUGGUAUCAUUUGGAAAAGGAGAUCACGGAGACCCCUACCCCUUUGAUGGAAAAGAUGGCCUCCUGGCCCAUGCGUAUCCCCCUGGUGAGGGUGUGCAAGGGGACGCCCACUUUGAUGAUGAUGAAAACUGGACACUGGGAAAAGGACCAGUUGUGAAGACUCGAUUCGGGAAUGCAGAGGGUGCAGUUUGCCGCUUUCCCUUCACUUUUGAGGGCAAAUCGUACACAACGUGCACCUCUGAUGGCCGCUCAGAUAACCUCCCAUGGUGCUCCACCACAGCUGACUUCAACAGAGACAAAAAAUACGGCUUCUGCCCGAGUGAACUGCUAUACACUUUUGGAGGAAACGCCGACGCAGCCCCGUGCGUCUUCCCAUUUAAGUUCCUGGGGACAGAGUACAACAGCUGUACCACAGAGGGCCGCAAUGACGGUUACCGCUGGUGUUCCACCACAGACAACUUUGACAAGGACAAGAAAUAUGGAUUCUGUCCUAGUAGAGACACUGCUGUAUCUGGUGGAAAUUCCGAGGGAGAGCCGUGUCACUUUCCCUUCACUUUCCUGGGUCAGCAGUACGACACGUGCACCAGCGAGGGCCGCAGUGACGGAAAACUGUGGUGCGCUACAACCGGCAGCUACGACGAGGACACGAAAUGGGGCUUCUGUCGCGACGCCGGAUAUAGCCUCUUCCUAGUGGCCGCCCAUGAGUUUGGACACGCCCUCGGUCUGGAUCACUCCAGUAUUCGGGAUGCGCUUAUGUAUCCCAUGUACAGCUAUGUGGAAAACUUCUCCCUGCAUAGAGACGAUAUUGCAGGCAUUCAGUAUCUAUAUGGACGCAGAGAAGGCCCAGACCCUACACCUCCUAUGCCUGACACCCCAACCACGACCCCAUCUGAACCCACUACCACCACCCCAAAACCUGUUGAUCCAACCAGAAAUGCCUGCAAAAUUACCAAAUUUGACACCAUCACUGUUAUCAGAAACAAUCUACAUUUCUUUAGUGACGGAUAUUACUGGAAGAAACCCAUCAGAGAGAAUGGGGAGGUCAAAGGUGCAUUCAGAAUUGCCGAGGGUUGGUCAGCGCUGCCUGCAGUCAUCGAUGCUGCCUUUGAAGACGUUGUCACCAAGAAAUUAUACUUCUUCUCUGGGCGCCAAUUCUGGGUUUACAGCGGAAAAAAUGUUCUUGGCCCCCGCAGCAUAGCGAAACUUGGCCUCCCUAGUAGCCUGCAGAAGGUGGAGGGAGCGUUGCAGAGGGGGAAAAACAAAGUUCUGCUCUUCAGCGGGGAUAAAUACUGGAGAUUUGAUGUGAAGACCCAAACCGUUGAAAAAGAUUACUCCCAAUACACACACACUGUUUUCGGUGGUGUUCCCAACACGCCCCAGGAUGUGUUCCAGUUCAAAGGGCACGUCUACUUCUACUGGGACCAAUUCUACUGGCGCAUGAACUCUCGCCGGCAGGUGGAUCGUGUUGGUUAUGUCAAAUACGACAUCCUGAAGUGCUCGGAUUCUUGAACCUAGUGCCUUGUGAGGAGAUAUUUUGUGGAUGUGAUGACACACUUAUGUUCUGCCUGUGCAGGAAAUUUGGGGAGCCUAAAUCAGUGUUUAUGCCUGAUGAGUUAGUGCUCUCUGGAUUGUUCAUAAGGCAUUAUUAAUGUGACAAACACAUUAGCCUCUCUAGCGUGUCAACAACAACACCAAAAAUGUAACCCACCUGGAUCAAAUUCCAGAUUGUCUGAAUAAUUUAUACAUUUAAGUGUCUGACCGGUGCAGACUUUUAACAGUAUUUGAUUGUUUUGCCAUCUGUAGUAUUUAUGUGUCUUUACCUAAUGCUUUGUAUGUCUUUCUGGAAAAUGGCUUCUAAGCCAGUACUUGCACUGGAAUACAACGCAUGGCUGUUUCAUCUUAAAUUAUUUAAAAGUGGUAUGAGUUUUCUGAGUCUUACAUUUUCAAUGCAAUAAACAUUCACUCCAAGAA